GCCGGGGAGCGGGCGGGCGGCCCCUCAGCGCGGGGAGGGGAGGGGGGACCGGCGCUCCCUCCCUCUCCCCAUCCCCCUCCUUCCAACUUCGCCCAAGUUGGGGAGCCCGGGGUCGGGGGGCCGGGAAGCCAGGCGCGAACGGGGAGCGCGGCCCGCACAGCCCCGCCGGCCGAUCAGAGUUUCCAGCAACUUUUCUCGUCGCUGGGUCGCCCCGGAAACUUCCCCUCCCGCAUCCGCGAGUCCCGUCCCGGGCCCUGCGCCUCCGGGUCUGCAUCCCGGCGCCCGCCCAGGGCUCCCACCCGGACGGCGGCCUCGGCGGGGAAGUCCCGGCCCCCAGCCCCGGGAGCUCGCGCGCGACCCGGGUUCCCAGCCGAGGGCCCCGCCCCGCCCCGCUGCCGUGGGGGCGGAGACGUGCCCGGCAGCCCGGAUCGGCUGGGUCUCGGGGGUUGGCGUGGGCCCGGGGGCGGGGUGGGCGGUGGAGUCCGCCCGAGUUCAAACCCUUGCGCCACCGCCGAACAGCUGGAUGGUCUUGAGCAAGUUCUUCGUAGUGUCUGUGGCUCGGUGUCAUCUUUCCUAUAAUGCGGGUGACAAGCCCUUAGCUGUGGGCCCUGCGGGGAACUCACGGUGGCUUAGCUGUGUGCCUGCCUCCUGUCAGUUGUCGGCCAGGCCUGCCAGGUGGACCACUUUGGGGGAGACAGCCAUGCCCACGCCCCCGCCCUUACCCUCGUGUUCGCCUGCCAGGAGCCUAUCAGGUGCCUUCCACUGGUGCCAGCUGUGAGCGGCGGGCAUAGAGAGCCCACCUCGGAAGCCAGCCCAGCCAUGAACCUGUGGGACCUUGAAGACAGCCACCAAGGGACCCCAAGACCAACCCAGCUGCCCACCCCGGAGGAGGCUUUGGCUGCUGAGAUGCAGAUGAAGGUGGACUUCUUCCGGAAGCUGGGCUACUCCUCCGCCGAGAUCCACAGCGUCCUGCAGAAGCUGGGCGUCCAGGCGGACACCAACACGGUGCUGGGAGAACUGGUGAAACAUGGCUCAGCGGCUGAGCGGGAACGCCAGGCCUCACCGGACCCCUGCCCGCAACUCCCCCUGAUCCCCCGGGGUGGGGGCACCCCUAAAGCUCCCACCCUGGAGCCAUCACCCGCAGAGGAGGACAAGGAAGGCAGUGACCUGAGACCCGUGGUCAUCGAUGGGAGCAACGUGGCCAUGAGCCAUGGGAACAAAGAGGUCUUCUCCUGCCGGGGCAUCCUGCUGGCAGUGAACUGGUUUCUGGAGCGGGGUCACACAGACAUCACGGUAUUUGUACCAUCUUGGAGGAAGGAGCAGCCGAGGCCUGACGUGCCCAUCGCAGACCAACAUAUCCUGCGGGAACUGGAGAAGAAGAAGAUCCUGGUGUUCACACCGUCGAGGCGUGUGGGCGGCAAGCGGGUGGUGUGCUAUGACGACCGCUUCAUCGUCAAGCUGGCCUUCGAGUCAGAUGGAGUGGUUGUCUCCAAUGACACCUACCGCGACCUGCAAGGCGAGCGGCAGGAGUGGAAACGCUUCAUUGAGGAGAGGCUGCUCAUGUACUCCUUUGUCAAUGACAAGUUCAUGCCCCCUGAUGACCCCUUGGGCCGCCAUGGGCCAAGUCUGGAUAACUUUCUGCGGAAGAAGCCACUCACAGCUGAGCACAAGAAACAGCCUUGUCCCUAUGGAAGAAAAUGCACCUACGGGAUCAAGUGCCGCUUCUACCACCCCGAGCGGCCUAGCCGCCCCCAGCGCUCCGUGGCUGAUGAGCUCCGAGCCAAUGCCCACCACUCACCCCCCCAGGCGCCGGGCAAGGACAGGAGUGGGCGGCGCCCUUCACCUUCACCUCAGCCUGGCUUUCUGCCAGCAGAGCGUGAGCAGUGCAGCCUCGAUGGGAAGAGGGUGGCGGCCCAAGUGUCCCUCCCACCUAGUGGGGGCACUGGCGGCACGUUUGGGCCCACAGACUGGUUCCCACAGACCCUGGAUUCUCUCCCAUGCAUGUCCCAGGACUCUGGUAUCGGCUCCCUAGAGAGUCAGAUGUCGGAACUGUGGGGCGUUCGAGGGGGAGCCCCUGGGGAGCCAGGCCCACCUCGGGGCACCUUCACAGGAUACGCUCCCUAUAGGGCCGAGCGCACAGUUCCUCCAACUUUCUCUGCCUUUGGACGAGCCGUAGGUGCCGGCCACUUCAGUGUUCCUGCAGAUUAUGCCCCCCCUCCAACUGCCUUCGCGCCCCGAGAGUACUGGUCAGAGCCGUACCCGCUGCCACCACCCACUCCAGUGCUGCAGGAGCCCCAGAGGCCUGGGCCAGGGCCUGACAGGGGCCCAUGGGGCGGGGCAGGCAGCCUGGCCAAGGAGCGGGCCAGUGUGUACACCAAGCUGUGCGGCGUCUUCCCCCCACAUCUGGUGGAGGUAGUGAUGGGGCGCUUCCCACAGCUCCUGGACCCUGAGCAGCUGGCUGCCGAGAUCAUCUCCUACAAGUCCCAGCACCCCAAGGAGUAAGCCAGGCACGGUAGCCCACGCCGGCAGCCCCUCCAGCCUGCCAGGUCUUCCCAGCUGGGCAACCUCGCCCCAAGGCUCACCCGGAGGGCCAGAUGGAGAGAGAAUUAAAGUAGGGAAGGGAACCCACAAACCAAAGAUACUGUAGGAUUGGUUCUGGCCCACACGGCGUCCCUGGCUGCCUGCCGAGCGGGUUAGAAGCGAUCACCCUGUUGAUGCACAUUGUAUCUCUGUAGUUUAAGGAGACGCCGCCGGUAACGGCCGUCAGUCCGUGGCUGAAGCCCAAACCCUCCUUUCUCUCGGAGGACGGGGAGGGAGGCAAGGGGGAGCAGAGGCCUGGGCUGGGGGCCCUGUGCAUGACCCCCCACCUCCGCCCCAUCCCCGGGAUGCCGGCUGUGGCUGGCAAGUUGGGCACCAUGUGCCUGCCCUCCUCUAAGCCAAUGAGGUCUUGGUGCUCCCUGCUGGGCACGAGGCUUCAUGUUAGUAAGCAAGAUGCUUCUUAUUAACCCACACCCUUCCUACUGUGCCCACCCCACUACCCCUUCCAGGGGUGGUCUCCACCCUCUCUUCCUCCAAAUCUGUCAUCUCUUCCCCAGGUGUGUGUGUACAGAUGUAAAUGUUAAUUAUUUUUCAGUGGAAAAGCCUCACCCCCCCCCCCUUAAUACAUAAAUAAAGUGCAGUGUGACUCCUAA